CGCGCAUUUAGGACGUCGUCCUCGUCGCCGCCGCAGGCCGGCCCCGUCUCGUCUGAGAAUUGCGCCGGAGAAAGAAAGAGAGAGGGUUAUUUAGAUAUGAGUCGUCAUCCUGAAGUCAAAUGGGCUCAGAGGCUUGACAAAAUUUACAUCACUGUUCAAUUGCCCGAUGCAAAAGAUGCAAAAGUUAAUCUGGAACCUGAUGGCAUUUUCACAUUUUCGGCCACUGCCGGUGCUGGAAAUAGCACUUAUGAGUUAAAAAUGGAUCUUUAUGAUAAAGUAAAUAAGGAGGCAAGCAAAAUAAAUGUUGGUGUCAGAUCUAUCUUCUGUGUGGUAGAAAAAGCAGAGAAAGGAUGGUGGAAAAAGCUUCUGCGUGGUGAUGGAAAGGCUCCUCACUAUGUCAAAGUUGAUUGGGAUAAGUGGGUAGACGAAGAUGCUAAUGGUCCUGGUGAUUUGGACUUGGGAGGGAUGGAUUUCUCAAAUUUUGGUAAUAUGGGAGGUGAUGCUAUGGAUGAUGAUUUUGAAGAUAGUGACGAUGAAGGGAGCAUCGUCUCCUUCCUAAGUGAGGAGAAGGAUAAGCUUGAGGUUGAGGAAAGAGCGGGCCGAUCCAUGAAUAAUUGUGAAGCUGAAGGCAAAGCCUGUCAAUCGGGAAACAAGGUUGAUCGAGGAACAAUAGUGCAUUGAUGCCCUUGCUGAGAAGAAUGGCUGACAAGCGAACCAAUUGAAUAUGAUCCGGGAGCACAACUGUCAGAUGCAAGAUUAGUUGCUAAAGCUUCAAGGAGAAAUCAAUAUGCAAAAGACAAAGAUAUUUGAUCUAAUGAAGCAACUUCAGGUUGAGAAAGCAUUGGCUCAGAAGCUAGCAAUUGAGACGGUUGCAGCCUAUAAGGAGUCGGAGGGAUUGCCUUCUUCGAGUGGGGGAUGCAUCCUUCAAGUGUGGAUAUCUCCUGCUAUCACCCAAACAAAAACCAAGUAUCUUGACCUCCAAGUUGAAGAAAAUCCUUGCAUUGACUUGCCGAAGGACAAGUUGGUGUCAAUGGAGACCCACAUCGACUUCAACGAUAACUCAACGUCCCUAUUGGAUGAAGGCGUCGGUGCCUCUGGAAUAGAAGUUGUCAACAUAUUUAUAACCCCUUAAAUCUCCUUGUCCUUUCGUUUUUGUGGGUCGGAAUCUAAUGAAUCACUUUUGAAUCUUGUGUAAGGACCUGACUUGUAUAAUGUAAAAAAAUUUCAAAGUAUCAAUGAAGAAUUUUUUGCUA